GACGCCAUACAAACAGCAGGAACCAUGACACACGGGUCGCUCAGGUCGAGCGACGCUCAUUGUAAGGAUUAAAAGGCGAUGACAGCUGUCUGGCUGGAACUUGGAACCAGUUUUAGGUCCAAUUCAGCCAUCGCUGCUUUGAGCAAAGAGGAACACUUCGAUCGUGUCAACUUUUCGAAGGGUCUGAACAGCAGCCUCUGCAGCGACCCCUCAAUGUCUAAACUACCAGGAAGUGCAGGUGUUUCGCUGCUCGGGGACAAAUCCCUGGAGUUCUACCGGGACCCGGUGAGCUUCUGCCGGCAGCGGAUUGAAAAACACCGGGUCAGGGUGUUCCAGAGCCGCCUGCUGAACAGACCGACCGUGUUCAUCUGCUCCGUGGAGGGGAUGAGAGAGCUGCUGUGCGAGAAGUCCAACGUGUUUCUGAAGGAUCCCACCGAUUUGAUGACCAACAUGUACGGUGACACCAUUGUGACCACAAAUGGUGAGGAGGCCUGUCUCCUCCGUCUUUCCCUCACCAGCCUGUUCUCGGGAACCUGUUUAAAAUCAUCUAAAGAUUAUAUCUCCAGUGUGUGUGAGCGCUGUCUGAAGCGCCUGUCACUCAGUGGUGAGCCAGAGUGUGUGUACUCUGUCUUUAAACAACUGGGAACAGAGUUGGUGUUGGGCCUUUUCCUGAAUAUACGAGCAGAAGAGCAACCUGAACUUUUCCAGGAAAUUAUGCAGCUCUGCACUCAACAUUGGCAUGGUCUGAUCUCAGCCCCGGUAAACAUGAAGGUGCCUCUGUGGUCAUCGGGUUUCUCCACCGCUUUGGAGGCCAGAGACAAGCUGAUGGACAUCAUCAAAGACAAGCUGGAGAACGACACUCAGGGCUUCGUGGGCUCCCUUGGCUCUUUGCCCCUGCCAGACUCCAGUUCUGCUGCUCAACAUCUGCUGCUGUUCAUCUCAGCUCUCAUUCCCAAAGCUUUGGCCUCACUGCUCACUUCCUUCACUCUGGCGCUCGGUGGAAAUGAACAGGAGGAAACUCGUCGCCGAGCGAUGGAAGACCCCGAUUACCUGCACAGAGUCCUGCUGGAAGUGCAGAGACUUUGGCCUCCCUUCAUUGGUGGGCGCAGAAUAGCUGCUCAGGACUCCACUCUGUCAGGGUUUCACGUCCCUAAAGGUUAUGGAGCGGUCUAUAUCAGCCACGCUGUGCACCGAGACCCAGAGGUGUUCCAGCAGCCUGACAGCUUCCUGCCGGAAAGAUGGAGCGGGAGGAACGCUGGCCAGGAGCACUUCCUGUGUUCCUUUGGCAAUGGGCCCAGGAGCUGCAUAGGGGUUAAGCUUACCGAUUUCUUCCUCAAGGAAGCGUGCACGUACAUGUUGAAGCGCUACGACUGGUGGUUGGACCCUCCAUCACAGGACACGGAGUACAAAUGGCUGCCCGUGUCUCGCCCCGCCAAACCCCCCACUCUGUCCUUCACCCAUCUGCGUCAGACGUCAGCUGACAGCAGGAACCCCGGGGACGCACGGGGUGUUUAAUGAUCUACCUGCUGAAUGGUAAAAAAAAAAUUCUCAAAUGCAUUCAUUAGUCAAAUGCACAUGUCUGAAAAUGUUCAGAGAGAGCUGGAGAAUUUCUGAAGCCACGAAUAGGGGGAAACCAGCAAAGUGUGAGGCUUUCCCCCCGCUGUCUCUAACUCUGUAAUCAUCCCGGGGAAAGCCACGGAGGGCGCUGCCUUCACUCUGUCAGAUAUUCUGCAGCUUUUUCUUGAUUUCCCCGCAAAGGAGGGCAACGAUGUGAGUCAUUCUUCCGAUGUUGAAUCGGACUUUUCUUAAUGAGUAGCGCGAUUCAGAAAAUAAAUGACCUCUACACAAACAUCCAUACAUAUAUGUGUGUGUAUAUAUCGAUAUCAAUAUCUAUUUUCUAUAGUGUAAACUUUCAUUUAUGAGUAUGAUAAAUAGGACUUCUGUUGUGAUAAACACUCACACCCCCCUUUUGUAGGAUGGUGUAUCUCAAAAUAGAAACUCACUGCAGUAUCAGUAUUCAUACAGAGGAGCACGCGUCACGUGCACACGUGAUAACAUAGGUAAACCCUCAGAUUCCAUCACUUACUGCAAACCCCCCCACUGCCACCACCACCACCUAGCAACCACCACUGCUUAGCAACAGUUCGUCAUACCAACACUGACUUGCUUGCUUUUAGUAUUCAAGUCUCACACACAUAUAUACACACACACUCUAACCUGUUUUUUUUUUAAGCAUUCAGUCUGCACACCGUCUAAAUCUCAUGUAAACGAUGCCAGUGGGCCUUUAAGAAGGCAUUGCUGAAUUGUUAGUGAUCUGAAUGGUUUAAAUUAUGAAUGUGACUUAUCCUGUGUCUGCUGCAAUUGUAAUCCGUCACUUUGAAUGACAUGUUUAUGAAUGUGCACUUGAGGAGCACAUGCUCUGUAUUACAUCUCAUGGAUGUGAUUUUUUCCCUUUUUAUUUUGGUUUUAGUUCUGCUAUCACUUAUGUGAAGUAACUGUCAAAUGUGCUGUGUGCUGUCUAUAGGUUUUAUUUAUGUCUCCCUUCAGUCACUUGUGUGACUGAAGAGCUGUUUUAAAAAAAAAAAAGUAAAGGUUUGGACACAUAUUAGCUUCUCGUGUCUUUUCUUGUCAGAUAAUAUUAUUAUCACAGAAAAUAAAAACGAGGGGCGUGUUUAACCUCUAAACGAUGUGCUCGUGACUAUUUUGCUCCCAUCUUGUGCCCAUACUCUGACCUAAAACAGCACAGGACAUACAGUUUAAGGUGAUAUCUGCACAAGCAAUGAGAUAUUAACACUCCCCUGCAACAGCAAAUAACAUUAGUGGUUGGAAAUUUUAAAAAUUAUCUUUAUCCUUCAAUCUGAGAUAUAUAGCAGAAUGGAUGUUAUUGCUGGAGACAUCUUAGAGACAAAAAAGGAAAAGAUAAUUUUAAAUGUUGAGUCUUCUUCUCUGUAGCUCCUGUGAUAUCACCCUGCCUCACCUUUUACCACAUUUGGUGGCUGCAGGAGGUGUUUUAUUUAGCGUAAUUAUUUAUUUAUUGCCAGCCUCUAAAGCACGACAGCAAAGUUGCAUGAGCAUCACAUCACACAUCUGUCGGGGGGGGGG